AUGGAGAACCUACUGGCUCACUCAUUCGAUUAUCUCUCCUCGUACGAGCCAAGCAAAGUCCGCAAGGGCUUGCGUCAGGUUGAGGGCCUACUGGCCCAAAUCUGUCUCUCAAAGCCGAAAUCCACAUCUGACCGAAGAAGGUCUUAUUUGACCACGGAAUCACAACCGGUACCAAAGGCCCUAUCUGAACUACGAGAUGACCCGGCAUUUCGCGAAUUUUUCAAAAUCCAAGAUGGGUUUCAAUUCAAUGUCGCUAUGCGCCUAGUUUCCUGUCUAGAACACCUCCUCGGCCGCGGCAGCAAUGGCACAAACGAUAUGCUCAUCGUGUGCACCUUAGACCUAAUUCAAGGCGCUCUUCUCCUUCACCCACCAUCCCGCACACUUUUCGCCCGCGAAAUCUACAUGAAUCUCCUCCUAGACCUACUCGACCCAAUCAACUGCCCGGCCAUUCAGUCAGCAACCCUACUCACCCUCGUCACCGCCUUACUGGACUGUCCAGCCAACACCCGUACCUUCGAAGACCUAGAUGGUCUUCUCACCGUGACAUCCCUGUUUAAACAGCGCGCUACCUCGCGCGAGGUCAAGCUCAAGCUGGUCGAGUUCUUGUACUUCUAUCUCAUGCCCGAGACCCCGAUUUUAGGACGUGGCGCGAGCCUCAGUCCCCCACCCGGCCUGCAGCGCAGCCCGAGUAAGAUCUCGAAUCGCCCGAUGUCGCAAAGCUCUCAUACCUCUGCGGGCGGAGCUAAGAUGAGAGAUACACGGACGACGGAUGAAAAGCAGGCUUUGCUGGGUCGUUAUUUGAACAAUGUUGAGGACUUGGUGGAGGAUCUGAAGGAGACGGCUCCGUUCGGAGCUACGGUUUACUAA